CGCCCCCUCACAAAACCCUGCCUUGUGAUUGGUCAACUGCUUUUUUACCCGCGAAAACUCGUCACGUGGUUACCACUUUUGGCGGGAAAGGCACUCGGAGGUGGCGUGUACAGCAGCAGCGGCAUCUCCACCUGCAAUCACUCGCCCCCCACGACCAGCAGCAGCGGCAUCGUCAGGGCAAUGUCUUCUCCACCCUCCACCCCGCAGAACAAGCGCGGCAAGCGCAGUCGCGAGAAUGCCGGCGACAGCAGCGUGCCCAGCACACCGGGCUCCGUGGGGGGGUCCUCGCCCCCCCUCCAGCGUGCCCGGCUCUUGGCCGCCGACGCCGUGGCGUCCCCGGGCUCUGCCGACCUCGUGCCGCUGCCCGCAUCCCCGCUGGUGGUCGGCGCCAGUGUGGGCAGCGUGGGCAGCACCGGCGCCCCGAGCCCCGCACGCACCUCGCUCUUCUCCAGCCCCGCGCCGCCCUCGCGCCAGCCCAGCACCAUAGGAGCGAGCGAGCCAUCUUCCCCGCUGUGCUACGGCACGCCGAGCUCGGGCCGCAGCGGCGCCCGCGGCACCCCACGGCGCCAGCGCCCCGACCUCGGCUCCGCGCACAAACCCCGGCAGGUGGACCUGGCGGCCGUGGAGCAGUCGGCGGAUGACUCGGUGGCGAGCGAGCAGUCGAUGGGACAGAAGCUCGUCAUCUGGGGCACGGACGUCAACGUCAACACCUGCAAGGACAAGUUCAAGCGCUUCCUGCUGCGCUUCGUGACAAGCGAGGAGCGCGAGGACGAGGACUGCCCCGGGGUCGACCUCACGGCGCCCCUCUACAUGCAGCGCCUCGAGGAGGUGAGUGUGAUCGGGGAGCCUUUUCUGAACGUGAACCUGGAGCACCUGCGGCUCUUCGACUCUGACCUCUACCGCCAGCUCGUCAACUACCCCCAGGAAGUGAUCCCGACGCUGGACAUGGCAGCCAACGAGCUGUUUGUGGAGCGCCACGCGGACUCUGUGCUGGAGCACCAGCUGCAGGUGCGGCCCUACAACGCCGUGAAGACACGCAACAUGCGCAACCUCAACCCCGAGGACAUCGACCAGCUGAUCACCAUCUCGGGGAUGGUGAUCCGCUCGUCGCAGCUCAUCCCCGAGAUGCAGGAGGCGGUGUUCCGCUGCCACGUGUGCGGCGCCGGCGCCCGCGUCGAGAUCGACCGCGGGCGCAUCGCCGAGCCGGCGCUCUGCCGCAACUGCAACACCACGCACAGCAUGGCGCUCAUACACAACCGCUCGCUCUUCUCCGACAAGCAGAUGAUCAAGCUGCAGGAGUCCCCGGACGACAUGCCGCCCGGGCAGACGCCGCACACCGUGGUGCUGUAUGCACACAACGACCUGGUGGACAAGGUGCAGCCCGGGGACCGUGUCAAUGUCACUGGCAUCUACCGCGCGGUGCCACUGCGUGUUCACCCGCGUGCGGGCAACGUGAAGUCCGUGUACAAGACCCACAUCGACGUGGUGAAUUUCAUCAAGACGGAUGCCAAGCGCCUUCGCGGCAUCGACGACGAGGAGCAGCACAAGGUGUUCUCUGCGGAGCGCGUGGAGGUUCUGAAGGAGCUGGCGUCCAAGCCGGACAUCUACGACCGUCUCUCCUCCGCUCUAGCGCCCAGCAUCUACGAGAACAACGACAUCAAGAAGGGGAUCCUACUGCAGCUGUUUGGCGGCACCCGCAAAGACUUCAGUGGAACCGGCCGCGGGAAUUUCCGCGCGGAGAUCAACAUCCUCCUGUGCGGAGACCCGGGCACCAGCAAGUCUCAGCUGCUGCAGUACGUGCACGGGCUGGUGCCGCGGGGCCAGUACACGAGCGGCAAGGGCUCGAGUGCCGUGGGGCUCACGGCGUACGUCACGCGCGACCCCGAAACGCGCCAGACGGUGCUGCAGACGGGCGCCCUCGUGCUCAGCGACAACGGCGUCUGCUGCAUCGACGAGUUUGACAAGAUGAACGACAGCACGCGCUCCGUGCUGCACGAGGUCAUGGAGCAGCAGACGCUCUCCAUCGCCAAGGCGGGCAUCAUCUGCCAGCUGAAUGCCCGCACCUCCAUCCUGGCGGCUGCCAACCCCGUGGAGUCGCAGUGGAACCACAAGAAGACGACGAUCGAGAACAUCCAGCUGCCUCACACGCUGCUCUCGCGGUUCGACCUCAUCUUCCUCAUCCUGGACCCGCAGGACGAGGCGUUUGACCGCCGCCUGGCGCACCACCUCGUCUCACUCUACUUCCAGUCGCAGGAGGAGGUGGACGAGGAGUUCCUGGACAUGGCGGUGCUGCGUGACUACAUCGCCUACUCACGCCUCUACGUGCACCCCACACUCAGCGAGGAGGCCGGCCAGACGCUCAUCCAGGCCUACGUGGACAUGCGCAAGGUGGGCAGCGGCCACGGCUCCGUGUCGGCCUACCCACGUCAGCUGGAGAGCCUGAUUCGCCUGGCCGAGGCCCACGCCAAGGUGCGGUUGUCCCCGCGCGUUGAGAUGAUUGACGUGGAGGAGGCCAAGAGGCUGCACCGGGAGGCCCUGAAGCAGGCCGCUACGGACCCACGAACCGGCAUCGUGGACAUCUCCAUCUUCACCACGGGGAUGAGCGCCACCGCCCGUAAGCGCCGCGAGGAGCUGGUCCAGGCCCUCAAGAAGCUGAUCCAGGCCAAGGGCCGGGGCCCGGCUCUCAAGUACCAGGGCCUACUCGACGAACUCCGCACGCAGUCCGACAUGGCCGUUACGAAGGAGCUGUUUGAUGAGACGCUUCGGGCUUUGGCUGACGAGGACUUCCUCACCGUCACCGGCAAGACCGUCCGUCUGCUCUAACUGCCUCCCUCCCUCCCUCUCUCCAUCUAUCCCUCCAUCCCUCAUUCUAUCCAUCCCUCCCUGUCUCCCUCCCUUCCACCAACCCUCGUUCCAUCACUCUAUCCAUCCCUCCCUCUCUGCCUCCAUCCAUCCCUCCCUCUCUCCCUCCAUCCAUCCCUCCCUGCAUCUCUCCCUCCAUAUCUCCCUGCAUCUUUAUCUCCAUCUCUCCUCCAACUCUCCCUCCGUCCCGGUUUGCAUGCAACGCCUCCGCCACUGUCUGGCAGGCAGGGCCCAGUUGCCAGGGAACCAGCCCAGUUCCGUUCCAUGGUCACCAGCACCUGAACCCAGUCCUCCCCCACGCUGUGAGCCACGAUGCUCCAUUACCUUUCACUUCCCUCCCUUACCCCCUCAGGGCAGCAGCGGAGCGACCGUAAAUAAAAUAAAUAAAAGCGUUUAACGCUGGCGUCCCUGGGCCUUCCACUGUCCCGAGGCAAACUCGGAUUUUGUCAUUUUCCACCAUUUGUGUUUUUUUCCGGUGAAAAUGCGUUUCUCACAAGUUGGGACCGUGUGCGAGCGGAGCUGCUGAGCCCGCAACCCCCCUCUCAUUUCUGUUUCCGUGUUGACCCCCCCCCGUUGUUAAAGUCAACAGCUUGUGGCGAUUCAUAAAUGGUUUGUCGGAUUGGAUCGUGUGGGCAUGAUGUCUAGUGUUUGACUCGAACCCUCCACCACCCGACAUCGCCAAUCGAUU